AUUUUUACGUGGCGUUGCCGGUCAGUGACGGGACUUUCAAGUUGUGAAUGUUGUGAAUCGACCUGAAGUGUCAAUAGCGGCAUGACUUUCUAAUUAUCGAUAGUCGUUCACUGUAGGUUGUACGGCGCAUGUUUUGAAUUUGUGUGUGUUCUAACAGUAUUGGAAUAACUUUUUUUUUAUUUAAUAAUACCAGAGCAAUGGACUGGCGCUAUUCUAGUGAAGACGAGUUAUCAGCUCUAGAUGGCAUAAAUGAGCAGACACAAAAUUUGGAGCGAGCUGUGCUGAGAGAAAAUGAAAUUAAUAUAAAUCUGCGGGAUGUACUGCAGAAAAUGCGUGCUGAAAUUAAAGCUACUGAAGAACAGUUGAGUACCUAUAGAGAAGAUAUUAAAGCAACUCUCAACAGACAGAGAAUUGUGGAGAAUAGUAUUCAAAGCACGAACGAUUCAUGCCUUUUGGUGGAAAAGCUACGAUGUGACCUCAAAAAGCAGGUGACUCUUGAACAAAUAAGAACUGAAGAACAAACAGAAAGGUAUCAAAAUAUAGUUACUAAAUAUGAAAAGCUGUGGAAUGGCUAUGAGGCGGUGUAUAACUUGUUUCCAAUGGUACCUGAAAGAAACAACUUACAGUUGCGUAUAAAGAGGCUGGAAAUAAUUGUUUUGCACAAAAGGAAGUUACUGGAAUCAGAAAAGGCAAAGAAGAAUCAAAUAGAAGCAAUAAGAGAACAAAUCAUGCAACUGAAGAUUAUGCAGUUUAUUAAGCUAACACUUCAGCAUAGUUCACUGCAUCAGAAAUAUUCAACAUUGAAAGAGAAAAUAAAAAAAAUUCAAGAAGAAAUUGAUAAAAAAAGGAAAGAGAUAACAGAAAUUCAAUCUAAACUUCCCUGUGAGAAAGAGAAGACAGUAUCUGUGAAGCAGGUUGAGUCUGUACAGAAAGUUGGUUUACCACAAAUGAAAGUUGUACCAGCUGUCCAAUCACCUAAUGUCACAUCUGACAUGGAUCAAAAGAUGACAAAAAAAGUUCCCAAGGAAAGAGAUUUGACCAAGAAUCUAUUAUUUUCACCUCUGGAAAUGACUCAUAUUGAACUACCACAGCUAAAGCUACCUGUAUUUGAUUCACCACCUAGAAAAGUACAGCGUACCUCUCGACUUCUGUCUAGACCUAUAAGACUUUUUCCAGAAUACAGUUUUCAAGAAAAGGAACCUUCUACAGAAGAUAUAACACUUGAAUGCACUAGGAAUGAAGCCAUUCCUGUGGAGGUCAACAGAGAAGGAAAUGAACUAGUUCUUGCAUCUGAAAGCACAAUAUUUGAAGACCAUAUGGAAGUGGAAGACACACAAGAUAUGGAGCAGACACAGAGUCAGCAUCAGCUGGAACAACAACAGCAGCAGAAGCAGCUUUUAGGGGAACAAGAGCAGAGUCAUCUUAUGCAUCAGCAAGUACAUGAACAAAGGCAAGAUGACCAGACCCAUAUACUCCAAGAGCUGCAGACAUCAGAACAACAACUGCAGCAGCAACAACAACAGCAACUACAACCACUGCAGCAGCAGUGCCUUUGGCAACAGGAGGAGCACCAGCAGGACAAGCAUGAUACACAGCAGUAUCAAAAUGAAGAUCCAACAGAACAUGUUACAGACAUGCAAACAGAUGAUGAACCAGCUGGGGAAAUGAGAAGCUCCAGUCAACCUUUAAGUGACAAUAGUGAUAUAUGUGACAUGCAUCACAUCAGCCACGAUGAAUCUUUUGACUCAACAAGUGAAAGAGCACGAAGAGAGUUUCUUUCAAAAGUAACUAAAUCACCAGAAUUCAUGUUCAUUCCAAGGAAGGACCUCAAUACAGAAGAGGUUGACAAGGGUGAUGACAUACAAAUAGAUACAAGAUCUCAAUAUUUUUUGAAUCCUCUUCAAUCUUGCAGUGAACAAAGAACUGUAACAGAGCAAGAGAGACAAGAAGAGGCAACAAAACAACAGAAUCUUGUACCACAAGACAUUGAUCAAGAAUGUUCAGAAUCUGCAGAAGGUUUACGUGCACGAGAGCACACUGGAGGAGGGGUUUCACCCAGAGAAACAGAAACUAAUAUGGAGGGCUCGGAUGAUUUACUAGCUGUAUCAUUCCAUUCUCUUUCUCCUCCUGAAGAUGGCAUUCGAAUGCCUCUAAGUCCUCCAUCAAGUCAAGCUCAGGGGCAUGCUGGAAAUCAAGGUUUCAUGUUCAGUUUUGCACCACAAUCUUCAGGAAGUAUAAUGUCUCUCUUUGGUGAAGGAGAGCCAAACCAAGAUCAGGAAGAUAGUAGUGUUCAACAAAAGAAGAGUGAAGCCUUCACUUUUACCUUCAACAAAAAGACCAAAUCAUCUAGUUUUUUCAAAUUGUUUUAACUGUUUCUGUUUCUAAUUUUAUUUAUUACUUUCACUACAGUCAAAACAUUUGUCCAAUUGAAUAUUAUUUUCACCUUGGGUUCAGUUUGCUAGUACUUAAACAACGACAUAAAUUAAUAAGGUUAAAUUCCUCAGAAGUAGGUCAAGUUGUAGUCAUGUUACUGAUGUAAUUAUUUAAAAAAUAUAAUAAAAAGCAACCAUUUAAAGGUACUUCUGCAAAGUAGACUCUACUCACAUUAUUAAUUAGAGGAAUUACUUCUAACUGACUGUUUUUAAUACUCGUAGGCAAACAACUACUCUGAAAAAAUUCUCUUCUUGAACUGCCCAUUUGCUGUUUUUAGCAACUACAUCAUAGCAAGCAUAUAUUGUAACUUCUUUAUUUCACUUUCUGUCAUUAGCUGUCUACAUGCUGCAAAAUUUAAAACCACUUAAUAUGAAUGUUAAUGCUAACUGAAUUCAUAUUCCCAAGUUAAGAUAUUCUAAUAAUUUUUGGAAUGAGAAUUUAACAAAGGAAUUCUUUUACUUUUUUUAUUGCUUAAGGAUUACCAAUUUGCUGCCUCAUGUCUGUUGCCAACCUGUUGAAGACUGUUGCAUCAGAAUAUAAAACGCCAUUCUGAAUCCUAAAUAGGGAUACAAAUACUGUAUAGAAAUUAUUUUUAUGUCUGAUGUUGUAAUUAUGAAUUUCUCACUUAACACUAAAUUCAUUACUGUUAUUAUACCAUUAAAGAACAAAUAAACUGCCUCAUAAGUCUAAUAACCCAAAAAUUCCUGAGGAGGCUUCUGCACAAUUUUCAGUUCUUGACUUCAGAUAAUGUUGUUAUGGUACACUUCUGUACCAUAAAUACUUUUUUGACCUUCAGCACAUCACUCCA